AUGGAGUCUCCAGCGGCCUUUCCAGACACCCCAGUGGAACAUGACGAUGUGAUUUUCCACUGCAAAGGAUGUGGCGAUAUCCUGGAGGAAGGAAAAGCAUUCGAAUUAGCUGGUAACCGAUGGCAUAUCGAUUGUUUUCGUUGCAACACUUGCGAUUCCGCCCUAGAUUCCGAUGCGAACCUGUUGAUGCUGGGAGACGGUUCCUUGAUUUGCAACAAUUGUACCUAUAGCUGCUGUGCCUGUGGCAACAAGAUUGAGGAUCUGGCCAUUCUCACGGGCGACCAAGCAUUCUGUGGAAAUUGCUUUCGAUGCCGCAACUGCAAACGCAAAAUUGAAAAUCUGCGAUAUGCCCGCACUUCACAGGGUAUAUUCUGCAUGAAUUGUCAUGAAUCUUUGAUGGCGAGGCGGCGCAAAAAGGCGAAGAUGGCCAAACAGAAUACGGCAAGCUCCCUUGCCAAUUCUCCCAUGUUACUCGACAAGUCCCUGCCUUCUCUUCCGCCAAGUGCCAUUCCGCCAAACGCAUUUACGCCAGACCCAAGCUUGUUAGAAAGCCCCCCAGAACGCCGUGAUCGCUCACCCCAGCCGAGGCGAUCAUCGGCCACUGGCUCAGAGCGCCGGGAGAUACAACGCGAUCGCUCCCCAGCAACGAUCCGUGAGGCUUCAAAAGAAACACUUACCCUGCCGCCCACGACUUACAAGGAAGAACGGCGUUCGAGGGCUUCACCCCAAGCGGAAUCGCCCACUGGUGACGACGGCUUCUUUAUCCCCUUGGCGUUGGAUGAGUCCGUUGCUUCUCCAUCAUCCGCAGUCUCAAAACCCAAGACAGGCGUCCCUGUUUCUCCGGAUCAGCUUGAUGCUAGGCUAUCGGAUGCCAAGUCGCUUGGUCGUGAUAUAUACCCUCAGAGCCGGAGUUCUUCUCUGGGUUCGCAGCAGCCCCAGCAGCCCCAGCCCCAGCAGCAGCAGCAGCAGCAGCAGCAGCAGCAGCCGCAGGAUAGCAGGCCGGUAUCUUCCAGGUCCCUGUCCGUGCCAAAGGAGAGACAAAACCGGGCAUCAUCGUACACGGGGGCCAGCCCGCACAUAGCUUUUCAGGGCAAGGAUCGCCAACCGUCUAACGAACUCGUGGAGACAAUGCGAAAGCGCAAGGAGAUAUUACCGGCACCUACCCCCAACGCAACCAACCAGUCUCCCGUCGCUGGCGGCAGCGACAAACUCUCCCAAACACAAUCUGCAACAAGCUCUAGUCCGCACACCGCAGCAAGUAAUCUUCAGCUUCCCGAAAGCAUUUCUAGCCGUGUCUCUAGCCGUGCUUCGAGUCCAGCACACAGUGAAAGGUUCAAGUUGCAGGACGUUCCUCAAUCGAAGAAGGCGGGCGGUUCUGCAAGAGCGGUGGACACCUCACGGUCGCCCUCCAUCAUCGACCGUGCCAGCUCCGAAAGUGCACAAAAGAAGAUGGAAGAGCCACCCCGCAGGCGGGAGCCCCCACGGUCGGCAUACGGACAUGAUGGAGCCGAGACUCCCCGAACAUCGGAAGAGACCAAGAAGAAGCAUGACACGCCGUCACUUAGUGGGCAUAGCAGUCCGUUUAUGAGACCCUCUGAAGAAUCUCCAAGACCACCUCGGGAAGAGUCGAUGGGUGCUGUUCCCCAGAGACAUUCUAUUUCGAGGAAGGAGGUUCCCGACAGAGGCGCUUUUAAACCAUCCGUAUCUUCAACUCCUGAUCAUCACCGACCAUCCACACCACCGCAAGCCCCGCCGCCGCCGCCGCCAGGCUUCAUGGGCUCACCAAACAACCUGGUUCAGCUCAAUGGAGGUAGGACGAUAUCUGCGCCUAUGGAAUCUCCUGAUGCGCGAAGCAUGCACGACCCUUCGUUGCCUGCACGUGUCGAAGUUCGUCCAUCGUCAGCGCGACCCUCACAAUCAGACACGUUUACGAUGCCAAGAUCCCCUCCGCGACCUCCAACUUCGCGGCACAAGACACGCAAUUCGUCCAUUAGCACCGCGCAAAGUGAAUCUUCCCGAAAUGGCGAUGUGCCGGUUGGCUUGCCCCGCUACAGUGGUCACGGCGAGUUUUCCAUGGAUGAAGACAUGGCUCGGAUUUGGGGAGCAGACGAGCAAGAGAACCCUACUUCAAUGUUGCGCAGGAUUUCAAAGACCGUUCGACACGGUCGCAGCUUCAGCGACAAGGGCUUGCGCUUAUCCAACUCCCCAAAGUGGCCCAAAUCCCCUCUCAAUUCAAUCGCUGCUGGCCAUCCACAUGAUAUUGGCAGUCCUUCGUCUGCUUCGCCAGAUGCAAGGGACGAGAAUGUAUGGUUGAGGGGUGAACUCCGUCAGGCGCAACAGCGAAUUGCUGAAUUAGAGGCCGAAUCAAACGUGCUCAAGAUUCAAGUGAAUGGCACGGCAGACAUUAAUCAAGUGAAUACGGAACUUCGAGAGAAGCGAUCAACCGUAGCAAUCCUUGACACUCAAAAAGAAGUUAUCGUUAGAGAACUCGAGGUCAUGGCUGACCAUAUUGCCAAGGCUAAGCAUAGCGACCGACCAUUUGAUGUGGGCGAAUUGAAAUCGGGCGUGCUCCAAGAUUUGGCCCUUUCUAUGCGAAAGCUCAAGGAGACAUUUACGUCAGACAUUGAAGAACUGGUGCAGAGGAAGCACCAACUAACGGACGAGAUUACGAAUCUGACCUCGGCAAAGGAAAAGAGUAUUCAGGAAUUCGAGCAACUCACUUUGAAAAACGCUCAGCUGGCUGAGCUCAACAAUCAACUCGUUCAUAACAUUCAAGGCCUGUACAAGGCGAAUCGUGAUCCGUCGGCUGACAACCUUCGACCCUCCAACGGGCUUGGAAUCUAUACACACCAUCACAAGGAGAAGUCCGAGACCUCAAUGGAUCUGCGCCCGUCUACAGCGGACAACAGUCUCACUGCGUCCCAGACGACCUUGCAGCCUGAGCACGAUGUUGAACCGGCCACAGUGCUUUCCACGCCUCAAGUAGUCAACAUUCGGAAAGGGCAGCCCAAGAAGUUCAACUGGAAGCGUGGUGGGCACACCGUUGCUAAAGGUGUCUCGAAAGGUUUCAAGGGCGCCUUCCUGUCCAGCAGCCAGCAGCAACAGCAAAUGCAGCGAGAAGGCCAUCUCACCGAAGGUCUUCCAUAUGGCAUGCUCACGCCUGGUGCUGAGCCAACCAUAGGUGGAACUCGCUCACAGGCCGACACCGGCCGUCAACCCUUUGGAUUCUUUGGCAAUCAGAAACAGGGGACAAACAAGGCUGGUCAAUGGAAAGGGACAAACAAUGGCAGUGGAAACUUUUCCACAACGCCUUCUGAUGAUGGAUCAAAUCUCUUUGGGACGGAGCUGGAACUUCGAACCCAGUUUGAGAAGAGAGAGAUACCAAGUAUCGUGAUCCGUUGUAUUGAAGAGGUUGAAUUACGAGGCAUGGACGUCGAAGGAAUCUACCGCAAGAGCGGUGGAGCCGGACAGGUCAAGCUCGUUGUUGAAGGUUUCGAGAAGUCAGAAGAUUUCGACCUUUCAGAUCCGGAUCUCGACAUACACGCCGUCACAUCUGCGCUCAAGCAGUAUUUCCAUAAGCUUCCCACUCCACUAAUUACCUACGACGUAUAUGAUCUGUUGCUCGAUUCAAACCGGAUCUCGGACGUCGAGAAACGAAUGAUCGCCAUGAGGUCAGCCCUCGAUGAACUUCCGCGCAGCCACGGUGACACUCUUGAGUUUCUUAUAUUCCAUCUAGCUCGGGUUCUAGACCGAGUUGAUGAAAACAAGAUGCCACCUCUUAAUUUGGCCGUCGUCUUUGCUCCGACCAUCAUGAGACCUCUCUCUAUCGAGCGUGAGAUGACCGAUAUCCAAGCCAAGCAGGAUGCUGUCCGAUUCCUGAUUGAGCACAACAAAGCCAUUUUCAUGCAUGAUCAACUGGACAUUUAA